UGUCAACAACAAUAAUACAGUUACUUUGACAGCUACACGUUUGAUGGAUUUUUGGUAAAAAAAGUUUAGUUUUUUUAUUGGUAGACGGGAGAUUUCUGCUGAGCUCCAAAGUGAUACAAAACUGAGCCGCAAACAAAAUGGGAGCAGCACAUUCAUCCGAACCGCGUUCAGUGUCUAUGGACAAUCCAACACCAGCCGGUGUUAUUGAUAUCUCCGAUGAUGUUGUAAAUCGUCUAAAGACGGGCAUCUCAAAACAAGCAAAAGAAAAUGCUAAAGCCCAGCAGUCAUCAACACCACCUCCACCACCAUCGCCACCAAAAUAUGAGGCACCCAAAGCUAAACCAGUUCCAGCACCACCAGCUCCAACUAUAGUCUAUCAAAAUCCACCACCAGUGGUGUAUUCUGCUCCAGCUGGCACAACAUUCAGUGCCAGUGAUAUGCGUCGUCAAAAAGAAAUUGAAUUGCAACAAAACGACGCCAUGUGGAAACAACGUAUGGCCAAUUUGGAGCAAACCCUCAAAAAGACCAACGCCAUUAUGGAGAAGGAAUACUCCUCGGCUGUGGAAGAUGUACGCAAACGUUUUGCCAGUGCAUCGCCCAUUCAUCAACUGCCACCAUGUCAAGAUUUGAAAGCACAAGUCAUUGCCUGUUAUCGUGCUCAUCCCGGUGAGACUCUGAAGUGUGCCGAAGAGGUGGCAGCUUUCCGUAAUUGUGUUAAUUUGAAUCGUAUUAAGAAACUUGAUGCUGAAGAGGCUGCCGAAGCAGCGAAGGCAUCAGCAGCUGCUGCCAAGGCCAAAGCGGCAUAACCCACAGAACCUU